AAAGGCUACUAGCUGGCCUGAUGGAUUUCGCUGUGUAUUGUGGGAGUACGCAGUAAAUCCAAGAUGGCGGCAAGCAGAAGGCUGCACAAGGAACUUGACGAAAUUCGCAAGUCUGGAAUGAAAAACUUCCGCAACAUCCAAGUUGAUGAAUCAAACAUUUUGACUUGGCAAGGUCUCAUUGUUCCAGACAACCCCCCAUAUGACAAAGGAGCAUUCCGGAUCGAGAUAAUAUUCCCUGCAGAAUAUCCCUUCAAACCGCCGAAAAUCACAUUCAAAACAAAGAUUUACCACCCCAACAUCGAUGAGAAGGGACAGGUGUGCCUGCCAGUAAUAAGUCCCGAAAACUGGAAACCAGCCACCAAAACUGACCAAGUGAUCCAGUCUCUGAUUGCACUGGUCAAUGACCCCCAGCCAGAACAUCCCCUCAGGGCGGACCUUGCAGAGGAGUACUCAAAGGACCGGAAAAAAUUCUUUAAGAAUGCCGAGGAGUUUACAAAGAAACAUGGCGAGAAGAGGCCUAUGGACUAACAAUGCAGCAGUUUCACUCCUCACUGUAUAACAUCCCUUCCACUACCACCACCACCACCACCACCACACUCACUCCCCGAACCCCCACGCCCCAAAACAACCCCUCAUCCACCCCACGACACCACCCGUUCUCUCAUCUCACUCAGAAUACUCAGCUGUUAAGCAGCAGCAGCAGCAGCACGCCCUGGAGCCUUGCCCAUCACCUUUCCACUUCCUGUUAAAGGCCCCUCUAUCCCAACAGGUGUCCACCAAUCUUAGCAGGAUUCACUUCUCAGCAUUAGCUUGUUUGCCGUUUCCGACUUUACACUGAUUUCUUAAAUGAAAUAAAGAGGAAAAAUAUCUCCAACUGUAGGGCCGCUGUAGAAAGCUUAGGUCUUGAGAGGAAAUGUUAAAAGGAAAAAAAAAAUGGGGGCAGUGGUGGUUCACUUUAAAUAGUUCUUUUGCUCAGAAUAGUGUACUUCUUGCUCUCCGUCUUUCUUUUUCUCUCUCUCUCCCCCUCUCCCUCUCUUUCACUCUCUCUACCCUUCUUCUGUUUCUCUCUUUCUCUCACACACAUACAUGCACUGGGCAGAGAGCUUUGACUGUUUUUCGAGCGGGAAUCCCGUGGUGAGGUAAUGUUAAAAAAAAAAAAAAGUUCCUUUCUUUUCUUUCUCUCACUCUGUCCGGACCCACCAAUCUUUUGUGAAAACUGAAAUCCAGUAAUUACGUUGCAGACACCCACCGUCAUGGCAAAGCGUUGAUGGGUGUCAUAAAGGUUUCUUUUAUAUUUCUUUUUAUUUUCAGGUUUCUUUUCAUUUAUGUUUUGGCCUAGGUUGCACUGUACUAUGUGGAACUGUGUGUUAUGUUCUCCAUAACUUCAGUUUGUAAAGGAAUGAUUAUUCAAAAAUACAGUGUAAUCACUGUUACUGAUACAAUGUUUAAGAUAAAAAAAAAUAAGAAAGAAAGACGAAAAUACAUUUGUGAGUGUGAUUAUAUAUAUAUAACACAAGACAUUGUAGGAUUUCCCCUAUGUGCCUACCCUGUUGUAUUUAUUGUUACUGUAGUUGGAGUGUCUAACAUCAUGCUUACCUUUCCUCUCCGUUUAGGCAGUUUAGAGUCUGCCAGAUACGUGAAUUAUUUCCUUAUAAAAAAAAAAAAGAUCUAAUGGAGGAAAAGGGGCCGAGGCUUACCUAUACUGCUGAAUCAAUAGUCUUACUGUGGCAGUUCCUGUUUUUAUCUUUAAUGUUAGUCACAUGUACAGAUACCUUUCAAAGUACAGUCAUCAAACACUGCCGGGGCAUUUCAUAAAACUAAUUUGAACUUCA